AUGCCGAGCCCUUUGGUGGAACCGUUGGAUCUCCAAAGAGACAUCCUCGCACUGCGGGAAGAGCUGCAGUUGAACCUUCGGAGGCUGGAAGCUCGUCUCCGCAGACUCGAGACCCGCGGGCUGGAGGAUGAGAUCUCUGCCCAGUCCAUGUGCGGUGACGACUUCGUGGCCCCCUCGGAUGACAAUGGCGAUGAGAGGGUGGAGAUGAAGAUGGAGGAGAAGUUGCAACUAGAUCUCCGAGGUGUAGAGCUGGAAGCCAAAGAUGUCAUUUCCAAAAAGACCAUGCAGCAAUUUGAUCACCUGUCAGAGCAGGAAGGCCAGUUUCAUUUUGGAGCGAGCGUAUGGACUAUGCCUUUUGUCAUUGGCUUGGUUCCCGCCGGUCUGUGGGAUGUGACCUUCUCGAUUCUGCUGUUGCUAUUGAAUUUGGGUUUGCAGGCAGCAUUCACAGUCAUCAUUUUGACGGAUGCCUUCAUGGGCGUUCCCUUUUGGCAUCAAAUCAACUAUGCGAAGCGAUGGCGCGUCAGUAUGGCCCACGACUAUCAAUAUAUGGACCUGGCUGGGAGGAGCUUGGUGUCGCGCGUUUGCGCGAUGGAUGGGGCGUUGAUUCUAUCCACUACCCAAGCCAGCCUGGUGGAGCAGAUCAACAGCUUCUUGGGAUUGCAGGAGGGUGACUUUGAGGUCCCAUUUUUCCAGCCUGGAUUAUUGCUCUGCAUGCUGUGUAUCCUCUUUUGGAGCCUUUGUGUCUACAAGGAGUACCGCAACAUUUGGCUGGGUUUGGAGGUGGUGUGGCAGAUUCCCCACUCUGAAGAGUCGAUCUUCCGCGACAGUACCUUGCGCAGCAUCUGCAAAGUUCGCUUCAAGGCACUGCUACUCACAUAUUUGGCACGCGCCACCAUAGCCACGCUACUUCUUGGCGCAGGAAUUCGGUGGCUUGCUGGUACCACAUCCAUCACUGAUUUGAUGCUCAAUUGUGUGGCACUGAGUGCAAUCCUGGACAUAGAUGAGUUUUUGUUUGCCGGCUUCACUCCAAUCUUGGUUCAAGUCGCGGUGCAGAACUUGAACCCUGUCAAGAUUAAGUACGACCGACUGCGAAGCCAGCGUGAGAGUUUUGGCUUGCUGAUUCUGCUGAUCGGCACGCUGCUCAUACCCUACUUUCUCUUAUUGCAACCGCUAGCUGAAUCGAUGAUUUCUGUGAAAACGGAACUCUGUGGUGGCAAUCAAAACUUCGUGGUAGGACUCAAUUCAGAGACCCAGCAAGCUAUUGCGCUUGCUACCAAAAGCCGCGUCGACGCUUCGAACCGCACCAUCACCGAACUGGCGGUUGACAGGCACACGUUCAACACAGGAUCUGAAGAGCCAUACCCAUACCUUCUCGACUUCGCUCCCAACGCUCGCGCCUUUGAUCAGAACCUCAAAUGGGACAUGACUACAGAAGUGACGCAAUGGGGUCGCUGCAUCGAAACAGAGGCUUUGCAGCCUGGUGGCCCUGUCUAUGGAGAUCCUCUCAUUCAGCCAAUGGUGGAACUGAUGUUUCGAAAUGCAGCUGUCAGCCUGGGUGUAAUGAAUGUUGAUGCCCCUGGCUGUGCUGACUUACAGCAUCUUUGUUCUCUCCCGGAUGCGCGGCUGCUGCGAAUGGUUUGUGGUGCUACCUGUGGAUGCAAUGAUCCUUAUGCCUCGGCUUGGCAUAAGGUGCCAGCGCAGGGGUGUAUCCCAGACUGCCUGCAGUCUGCCACUGCUCAGUUGGCGGCAUCAACUUGCGAAGAUCGAAUCGUACAAGAGGAGUGGGAACUCACUUGGAACAUCUAUCCAGAUGUCAUGUCUGCCUUCUACAGCAUUGAUGUUAGCACGUCGCCGAUCUAUCACUCUCUGCUAGGCCUAUCCAACGCCAUGAAGUCUGCGGGCUGUGCUGCACUGAACAACUCAAACUUUGACUAUGAAAUUCUGACACGCACACGCUGGUGUGAAGGCCACCCAAAGUUGUUUCGGCCUCUGGCUGGGCAGUGCCCUGUAACCUGUGGCUGCGUCGGGGCAAGUCCGUUGCCAGCGUAUUGUCCCAGCAGCUGCGCAGCUGUGACAUCUCCAUGA